GAGAGCAAAAUCCCACAGUCUGUCCCUCCCAGGCAUGCGGUGCCGGAUGCUCCUGCUUCUUUUCUCCUCGGUGCUGGUAUCGCUGGGCAGCGUCGGGCACUCAAGGGCAGGUGAACUAGAGUGUAACAGGACAGGGCAAGUGGCCUGUGGUGAAAAGUGCAUUCCUGUGGCUUGGCUUUGCAAUGGAGAGCAAGAGUGUCCAGAUGGGACUGACGAGCAGUGUGAGGAAACAUGUCUUGGACACCUGCAAGCCUGGCCGUGUGAUGAUGGGAAGUGUAUUCCUACUAGCUGGCUUUGCGAUGGUACCAGUGACUGCUUAGACGGCUCCGAUGAGGUUAACUGUGAGAGCUUGACAAUAUGUCCGGAUGACAAAAUUCAGUGUCCAGGAAAGUCUCAGUGUCGGGAUGCUUGGGAACACUGUGAAGGCCAUCAGGACUGUGAAGACGGGUCCAUACAAGCACACUGUCCCCACAGCCAUUGCUUGGCUGGGCAGUGGCAAUGCCGGAAUAGGGCAUGUGUCCUAGACAGCUGGAGGUGUGACGGCAUCGAUCACUGUGGGGAUGCCUCAGAUGAGGAGGACUGUGCCUCCUGUCCAGAAGGCACUGUUCGCUGUGACGGAGGGAAAUGCAUCGCAGCAUCUCUGAUGUGUGAUGGGGAAGCUGACUGCACAGAUGGUACUGAUGAACUCAGUACGUGUGGUAGAAACUGUUCCUUGCUGAAUGGUGGCUGUGAGGGGCCAUGCAGUGAUACCCACUGGGGUGUCCAGUGUUCCUGCACAUCAGGGUGGCAGUUACAGCCUGAUGGAUGGAGCUGUGGAGAUGUAGAUGAAUGCUCUCUGGCAUAUGGUCCUUGUGGCCAACUAUGUCAGAACACACCAGGCUCUUAUUCCUGUGGCUGUAUUCAAGGUCAUCAGCUCUACAAUGGCACAGACUGCCGAGUUACAGAUGAUGACGUUAAAAUUCUCAUAGCAGCUGACAAAGAGCUUGGUAUCCUGCACCGAAGAACAGGCGUCUAUAAGAUGCUGAUCCCUGUACAAUCAAGGCCCAGUUCUAUUGCUUAUGACCUGAACAGAAACAUGUACUUCUGGGUAGAUAAAGUCUUGAAUGUGUUCACCUUUGGGAAGCCAAACUCUGUUCCCCUCUACCCAGCAGAACUACCACCUGUGAGCAGUAUUUCUCUGGACUGGGUCACGGGACAGUUGUACUGGGCUAGUAGCUCUGCGAGGGUCAUCUGUGCUGGCUUAAGUGAUGGCAGAGGCUAUGUCAAAAUCUUGGAAAAGGAUCUCGUGCCAGAGGAGCUAGUGGUGUUUCCUACAAAGAAGUAUUUGUAUUGGGUAAAUCGAGGCAAGAAUGGGGUGAAGACUGUUGAGACCGCAGGAAUGGAUGGCUCUGACAGAAAGGUACUGGCAGUGGUGACCACAGAGGAGCCUUUAGGACUGACACUUGACCACGUGACUGGCAGACUCUACUGGAUCCGUGGCUAUAAAGAGUCCAUAGAGACAAUGAAAGUGGACGGCAGUGGGAGGUACGCCUUUCCUGGGAUAUUUGUGGAAGAUGAAGACCCUGUUGGCUUGGCUGUGUUUGAGAAUGCUUUCUUCUGGGCAAAUCAAACUCAACUGAUUUGUACCUCACCCAGCAGUCCAAAGGAGAGAGAGGUGUUGCUCCAUGCCUCUGUGUCUGCUCUCUCAGUCCUUCACAAGUCCCAGCAACCCAAGAGCAGACACUCCACGUGUGUUCCAGGUUCUUGCAGUCACCUCUGCCUCCUGUCCCCCAUCCAUCCCAAGGGCUACAAGUGUGUCUGCCCAGAGGGACUGUUUCUUUUACCUUCUGGCAAAUGCAGCGAAUUAAAAGUUGUGUUUUCUUCUGGCAAACGUCUAUACUUGUUGAAAGUCAGCUCUAUGGGAACCGCUGUAGAGAGGACUCUAGUUGAGGAGCAUGCUGGGAACCUCUACUUACUGGAUAUUGAUUGGAAAAGGAACUUCAUCUAUUGGUCAAAUGCCCAGGGACAUCUCGUUUAUUCAGCUGGAUAUUCGGGACAAAAGCAACAGAUCUGGACCCAGCAUACAGUCUGCUCAGCAAAUGUGGACAUAUCCACUGGGAAUCUGUUCUGGCUACCCUGUGACCGAGGUACGAUUCAGAAGACCAAAGUUCCUGGCACUGACUCGUACACCCUCUACAGCACUCACAACAUUAUACUCCAGUUGCUCCUUGACUGGCCCAGACGGGUGCUGUACUGGGUGGAGAGCGGGAAGCCCCUGCAAAGCAUGACUCUUGAUGGCAAAACCAGACAGGAAGUUUGGAGAGGCACCUGGGCAGCAGACACUCAGAUGGCCUUGGACCUUGGAUCUGCUAGUAUCCUCUGGACCACCAAAGGGUUCGGGUUGCACAGUUUUAGUCUACUAAAAAACCGAACAUGCUCCUUAAAUGCAUCCUGGAGCGAUGUGGUCAUGGCAGCCCAUGAGCCCUACCUGGUGACAGCAGACAAGGCAGCUCUUGUGCUGUGGAACAGGAAGACCCUGGAGCCCUUUUCCACACUGAAGGAGCCACACAUAAAGAAAAUGAUCAUCUUGGCAGAGAACCAGGAAGUGCCAGACCCUGGGCUUUUGGAGGCAGUGCCCACUGUCCCUUCUCCUCCUCCUGUUCUCUGCACCCGGUCCUCUGUCCCGUGCCAGGAUGGGAAGGGAUGCAUUCCCAGGGAGUCCCUCUGUGAUGGUGAGCGUGACUGUCAGGAUGGCUCAGAUGAAGAGAACUGCUCCCGCGUCUGCCAUCAACCAGGGGUCUUCCAGUGUCUGGAUGGAAGCAGGUGUGUAGAGGAGAAGUACCGCUGUGACGGGGCUCAGCAGUGCGCUGAUGGGUCUGAUGAGCUGGGCUGCUGGAGGCCUGCUGCAGACUGUUCACUGCGUUGUGACAACAAGACCCGGUGUAUCCCUAAGAGUUGGCGAUGUGAUGGGAAGCUAGAUUGUUUGGACAGAAGAGAUGAGCAAGGGUGCAUUCAUGAAAAGUGCAGUUCCUCUGAAUUUCAAUGUGAGAACGGCCAAUGCGUGUCUUCGUCUCUGCAUUGUGAUGGGAACCGAGACUGCCUGGACCACUCAGAUGAGGAAGGCUGCCCUGUUGCCCUACAGUGUCCAGAAGGGGAGAUGAAAUGUCCGAAGAGUGGAGAAUGUGUGUUGGCAGAGUGGAUAUGUGACCAUGAUGUAGACUGCAAAGAUGGAACUGACGAGAAGGACUGUGGCUCCAAGGCGCUUCCAUGUGGCCCAAGGCAGUGGGCUUGUGGAAGUGGAGACCAGUGUGUGCCUGAUUUCUGGCACUGUGACGGACAGAGCGACUGCAGAGACAGCAGCGACGAGGCUGGAUGUGCUCCACGGAAGUGUGCGGAUUCUGAGUUCCGGUGCGCCACUGGCGCCUGCCUCCGCUUCAGCAUGGUGUGUGAUGGACGAGAGGACUGUGCCGAUGGUUCAGAUGAGGGUGGAGAGUGUUCUACGUCAGCGUGCAGCCCAGGGCAGUGUUACCAUUCCUGCUACCCGUCCCCAACUGGGCCAGUGUGUGCCUGUGUCCCUGGCUUUGAGCUGGAAAGCAGUGGUCAAAUCUGUCAGGAUGUCAAUGAGUGCCAGCAGCCAGCUGGUCGACCUUGCAGUCAGACCUGUAUCAAUACUGAGGGCUCAUAUAUCUGUGCCUGUCACCCUGGCUACUUGCUGGGCCCUGAUGGCCACACCUGUAAGGCAACAGGUGCUGAGCCAAUCCUGCUAGUUGCAAUUGAGUUUAACCUCUUCCUUUCUGGACUGAGAAGCUUAAAAGAAGAUAUUCUGGCAACUACAGACAAGCGCCUGGCUAUUCACUCUCUGGACUAUGACUUAGAGGAUCAGAAAGUCUUCUGGGCAGAUCCCAAUGCAGAGAGUAUAAGGUGGAUAAGUAUGGCCACGAAGAAGGAUGGGAUGGUGGUGAGAGGGAUAAAGCCAGAAUGCAUAGUGGUCGACUGGAUUGGAAGGAAUCUCUACUGGAUUGAUGGGAGAGCUGACCAGAUUUUGGCAAUUCAAUUAACUGCUGUUGGGAGAGAAAAUUCUGAGUAUACAGUUGUCCUGGAUGAUUUGAUUCAGCCCCAGUCUUUGGCUUUGGAUCCCCUAAAUGGAUUGAUGUACUGGUCCGAAAUUGGAGAAGAACCUCAAAUAGAACAAGCUGGAAUGGAUGGUAGCAGCAGGAAGAUACUUGUCAAUCAAGGCCUUGGUCGGCCAACUAGUAUAGCUCUUGACCUGUUAAGUUGGAAGAUAUUCUGGUCUGAUGAGAAAUUUCACUGCAUUGGCUCUGCCAACCUAGAUGGUAGUGGCAUUAGCAUGAUGCAGCUAACAGAAAUCAAGAGCCCCUUUUCAGUCGCUGUGUUUGAAGAUGAAAUUUUCUGGUCAGACCUGAAGACAAGAACAAUACAGCGUGUGGAGAAGAUGACAGGCAAAGACAGAGCUGUCCUCAUCAAGCGUUCUGGACAGCCCUUUGGACUCAAGAUAAUGCAUGAAGUCCUCCAACCCAGGUCUUCCAGUCCCUGUCUGGACAUAGGAUGUUCCCACUUGUGCCUUCUGAGUCCACGAGCCAAGGGAAGUUGUCACUGCCCAGUUGGUCUCCUCCUGGCAGAUGAUGGGAUCACCUGUGUCUCCUUGCAAGAGUCUGAGUUUGUGUUCCUGGUCUUGCCCACUGUUCUCACCCAGAUCUAUCUGAAAAAUCUUAAGACCACAGCCCAGCAAAUGACUGUACCGGAACACAGAACACUUCCUUUUACCAGUGUUAACCAGCUGGCGUCAGUGGAUUAUCUUGUCCAGGAAAAGGCCCUCUACCUGUCGGAGCUGAAUACCAGUGACAUCAGGCUACUGCGGCUGAAGGAACCAGGGAUACUCUCAUGGAGGAGAAUCAUAUCUGGGAAGGGGACAGUGACUGACUUUGCCCUGGACUGGCUGGGUGGAAACAUAUAUUGGAUUGACAGUGAGAAUCCUCACAUCAAUGUUGCUUCCUCAAAAGGCCAGUAUCCCAUUGUCUUGCUCAGUGAAAACCUUCACCACCCAACCUCUGUUGUCCUCCACCCACCUACCGCUGUCAUGUGCUGGGCGGACCUGGGUUCGCAGGAUGAUGGGAGACAUGGUUCCAGCAUUGAAUGUGCCUCUAUGGAUGGCAGCAGGAGAAAGACACUAUGGCUGAAAUCCCAGGCGCCUGUGGGUUUGGCCUUUUCGGAUUCAGGGACCCGAGUGUACUGGGCUGAUACUGGGCAGGGCCUUAUUCAAAGUAUUCAGCUAGAUGGCUCAAGAUACAGGGUGGACCACCAAGGAGUUAAGGAUCUUCACCUCUUUGCCUGCGGUCAAGACAUGAUGUUGUGGACAACGGUUGAUGAUGCCCAGAUCACCAAAGUUUGGUACAGCAAAGCUCGAGUCUCAGGAAAUCAGUGGUUCCAGGUAGACCAGAAGAUUGUAGACUUGAAAGUUUAUAGUAUACUGAGGCAGCAGGGUAACAACAGCUGCUCAAAAGACAAUGGAGGAUGCAGUCAUAUCUGUUUACCAAAUCCUGAAGGCAAGACUUGCAGGUGUCCCAGUGGGCACUGCUUGGUUGAUGGACACACAUGUGUGGAAUUUGUCCAGUGCUCUACACCAUCACAAUGUUGUAAGGAUGGUCAGAAGUGCAUUUCCAUGGAGCAAGUUUGCAACGGGCAUGUUGACUGUCUGGAUGGAUCUGAUGAAGUGGACUGUAUGAAUCCAGGUAAAAUCCAUUCAACAUCAAUACUUGAGAAGCCAGAAGCUUGGGAAAGGUUGACACCAGAAGCUUCCAAACUUUUCCGGGCUACUGAGUCUACCACCGGUGUAUAUCUAGAACAAGAAGGAAUGAGACAUCCUGUCAGAAAAACAAGACCAGAGAGCAAGGUCCCCACAACCAAGGGAAGAGAGGAAACUGUUCAGACUGAGGAUUUACAGGAGGCCAAACAUAUGCCCUGUAGCCAAGACUUUUGCAAUGGGAGAGGGACAUGCACCGUGGAAGGGAAGCUGAGGAGAUGCCGCUGCCUGCUGGAAUAUGGUGGAGAGUUCUGCCAAGAAGCACCCCACAGCCCUGGCACUGUCUAUGUGGCUCUGAGUGCAGUAGCUGCUUUGGCAGCCAUUCUGGCAGCUCUGGGCCUGUGUCUACAUUUCAGAAGAGAGCGUAAAUUCAAAAGAACAUCAUCAAGGAAUUUGGACUAUGAUAAAGAAAAAAACCAAGAAGAAGAAAAUCUAAUGAAUAGCGAGACUUUUGUCAAUGAAGUUUAUGAUGAGCAGGAAUCCUUAACCUCUUUACAAACUGAAUGACCUCAUUAAAAAAAGAGCUGACACCUUUCAAUAAAUAUUGUUUAUCCA